UUGGGGUGUAGGAGUCGACAAUUUGUUUGCAUCUAUGCAUGUUUCGACUUUUUGUGCUGCCAUUAAGCCAUUUUAGAGGCAACUGAGUUCUGCACAUUAGACGCGUUACUUUGUGAUACCGAAAUAAUGUCUGACAAGAAAGCUUACCCUGUUGCAGGACAGCCACCAGCAGGUUAUGUACCAGCACCUCCACCUGGUACUUAUGGAGUGCCUGGAGCAGCUCCCUAUGGUGUUUUUCCAUCACAAGCCCAUUUGUAUGCUGCUGCAGCAGCUGCACAAGGGCCACCACCCACAUAUGACCAGUCUUUGGCACACCCUGCAGCAGUUAAUCAGCAGAUGUAUGCACAGAGUGCUGCAGCUGCACAGAUGUAUGCUCAAGGGUAUCCUGGCUACUUAGGGUAUCCGGCAUAUAGUCCCAUGCAGGCAUACUACCCAUCUCUUGCUGCAUAUUCAUAUCCAGGAAUGCAGCCAGCUCAGUUAAGGCCAACAAUAAUGGUGCCGAAUGGAUUUGAUGCUGGUGCUCGUUUUGAUGGCAUAGCUCAGCCUGUGCUACCUCCAGCACCACCUGGUGUGCCUGCUAAUGCUGCUCAACUUGCUGCCAUGGCUGGUCACAAUGUUGCCCUUUCUCAAAAGAAAGGCUCAUUUCUAGCUGGUGGAAGUGAAGGAGGUUAUACUUUUUGGUAGGACUAGCAACACAGAGCAGGUAGGCAAAAACAAAAAAAAGAAAUGGAGAGAGGAAUGAAAAAGUAAACAUUUCAAAAUGUGCAGGUGGAGAACCUUUGUUUCACACCAGCAUUAAUUAGUAAACAUUUUGUUGUCAAAACUUUCAUUUCAGUUGCACAGUAGUUUUGCCUGUCAAAUGAAGUCUAUGAUAAAUUUUUAUUUAAAUAUUUGCUGACUUCUGAUUUCUGUCUGAUGAUAAAAGUUGCUGAAUGAGAUAUGGGUGACAGUAGUGUGUUUGAUUACUGGAAAUAAUGUAAAAAAUGAAAGGUUUUUCAUGUAUGUACCUAAGCCAGAGGACAAAAAGAAAUUCUGACAAAUGGAUGAUUGAAAUUCUUAGAUUUAAUAAUCAUUCAUACAAUUUUUGAAAUGUUUUAAGUUAAUUUGUAGUUUAUGCAAUCAAAUUUUUGCAAAUUGGAGGUUGGCCUGGCACAUACUUGCAAAAAGGAAUUUGACAGUGUGGAUUGUUAGUUGUGGUGAUACGUAAGUUUGUAGGUCAUUUCUCUUGGUAUAAAUCACAUUAAUAAAGUGAACAAAAAUAUGUAAGCCCACAGUAGGAACAUGAAAAGGUGACUGAUAAGGAGUGAUAUUGUUCAUUAGUGUACAUUUUUUGUGAUGUAUACUAAGAUACAUUGAGGCCUACAGUGUGUCAGUUACAAACAUUUAGCUAAGUCAACAAAUUUCAUAUUCGGAAGGUGUGUGUGUGUGUGUGUGUGUGUGUGUGUGUGUGUGUGUGUGUGUGUGUGUGUGUGUGUGUGUGUGUGUGUAGGGGGAGAGAGAGAGAGAGAGAGAGAGAAUUUUAUUUCUGUAAGUUAACACAGUGUUCAGUUAAGACUGUAAAACUUCUUUGCUUAAUUAAACAGGUUGUUUAUAAAUGUGCAUGACAGUGCACAAGACUAAGCCCCAAAUUAAUGUGCUUUGUGUAUGUAAAAGAAUUGUUGUAUUUAGCCAGAAUGUUGCUAUGCUAUUUAGUAUAUACUACAUCUUAAUUGUAGUCUAUACUAGAAUUCAGCACCAAAUUUUUAUUUUCAUUUUUAUGCUGUUUGGUUUAUAUUAGUGUCUUCAUUGUAUAUGGUCACCCAAACAGCAUUUGCAACUUUGUCCAAAGUGUUUUAAUGUUUGGUGCUAAGUAAUCCUUUGUGUGUAAAAUUGAAUUUGCUGGGAGACAUUCAUGUAAGGAAGUCACAUAAAUUAAGUAUUGAAAAAGUUAUCCUUUUAACAUUUAUGUAUCCAUUAUGUCAAGUUUUGUACCCAUACAGCUUUAAUGAUUUUUACAGAAGAAAAAAUGAGUGUUGCUGUUAGAUGAUGCUUCAGCCCAUUAUUGCAAGUGUUUAACCCCAUAGACACUCACAGAAUCGGGUUUCUGUGGUAGGUGGUGUGAUGAGGAUUGCUCUUACAUUGUAACCUGAUGUUUGCAGCAGAAAGUUACGUGCCCAGGACCAGUUUCAUUUGUAACUACUAUGGGUGGAAUUGAAGUGGGCUACUGACAAAACCACUACAAUAAAUUCUUUUAUUGAAUGACCACAGUUUUAUAGUUCAGUAUAUCUUGAAGGAUAACUUAUUUGCCAGUGUUAAGACUUGCAUUCAACACAAUUUGAUCCUUGUGUACAGAACAGUAGUUGCCAUCACCCAUCUUUCCACAAAAGUUAAAUGUACCUUAAUGUUCCAUAUGAAUUGUAAAUUUCUAGUUUCUACAGUUCACUUAGUUCCCGUUUCGUGACCUGAUGUGUUCAUUACAAAAACAUUGAAGCAUUGAUAAGAGUAUAAACAGUAAUUUUUAAAAUGGCACUGUUAAUUGCGGUAUAUUUGGUACUGUACAUGCAGAUUUUUUGAAAACAGUUAUAAUGUUCAAAAUUAUGUUGGUUAUCACAAAGUAUUAAUUUUAUCCAGAAAAAGUUAAGCACCUGUGACAAAUGUAAGAAAAUUGCUUUUUGCUUCCAAAUUUGUGUAAUUCUUCAUUUUGUGCUAAAGUUCAAACAGAAAUUAAUCACACAUACUGUGCUCAGAAUUUGCAUGUGUUACAAAAUCAACUGAUCCUCUUAGGUACUCUCAAAUAUGGGUUUAGUACUUGAAACUGUGUAAAACAUAUAUUCUGCAAUAUUUUUAAAAAUGUGGAAAUUUUACUUCUUAACUUUGUUGUUGAAAAUUUCAUGUGUUGGGUGAUCGUAGUGUGCAUAAUUGCAGGCUUUAAAGCACUUGUUUAUUGUUGAGAACUACCUGAACUGUUCUGAUUGUUAAAGUCCUCACUGUGUGCUAAAAAUGAGAAACUGUGAUAUUACAAUUUUUGCCUUUAAAAACCUGUUACUGUUAAAUAAUUGGUCAUAAUUUGGGGCAUAGCAACAGCAUGAAUGUGCAGUUAUGAACAUUUGUAUCAAACUGAUAAAAAUUUGCAUUGUGGAAAGAGCUAAAGUUUUGUUUUCGAGGCUUUAGUAAUAUGUUGACUGUUGAAAGUGUUUUAAAGGAAAAGUCCAAAUUACUGUAUGAACUAAUUUUUGUUGAAAAGUGUAACUUCUUUCUUUGGAAACAUUUGCAGUUUUUGUCAAUGAUAGAAUAAUCGUUUAGUGAGUGAUUCAUACAGUAUAACAAAAUUAUUUUGUAGAACAAUGCUUGAAUAUUGUGAAGCAUUCCAUUGUACAUGCAGAUUUAUUAAAUCUGGAAUAUGCAGCAAUUAACACAGUUAGUACAAGUAUUUACUUUUUGUACAUUGUUUAUGCUUAUGACUUUUUAUUUACUAUGAAUUACUGAUUCCUGAAUAUUGCAGUGGAAAAUACAAAUGUGUGUUUGUAAUUGCUACUUGCAGCUUCAUGGGGUACAAAAUUUAAUAGACUUAAUAGCAGGUUUGACUAAAAUAUUAAUACUUGCAUUCAGUGAGCUCAAAAAUUUUGAAUCUAUUGGUAGAGAGAGACAGUAUUAGAUCAGAACAAGAGAUUUUAUUUCAGAAUGAAAAUUUUUCUGCGUUUACAAACUAAGUGGGUAUUGUGUGAAAAAAUAAGUGGUACGAUCACUUGUGGUGACUGGAGUGUUUCAAAGGAAUGGGAGAAAUGUGGCUCUUGACAUAACUGUGUUUUGUGUUUUAUUCCACCUUCUAGAGUAUGAUUGGGCUGCCCACGUGUUACGAAGUUUGUGAAACAAUCAAGGCAGCUAAUAUAUCUAAAUUCAAUGUUAGUGCUGUGAUAUUUUGAAAUUUUUGUGGACACUUGUUUUUAACACUAAAGUGUUAUUUUCAAUCUGGAUAAAGUUGUUGGACAAAAUUUUAGACUUUCAUAGUUUAUUCAAAGCUAUGAAUCAGCAGUUGAUAUAACAACUUAAUUGGUGUAACAAUGCGCGUGCGUACACACACACACACACACACACACACACACACACACACACACACACACACACACACACACACACACACACACUCUUUCAGGUAAUACAGUCAACUGUGAUCUUUUUAUAGUGAUGUGCUGAUAGAAAUGAAACAAACUACUGUAAUUCAAGGACUUACUCUUUAUUAUGAAAAAUGGAAACUGGUUUGGAAGUUAUUCAUGCUAUGGAAAAGUCAUUCACUGUUUUUUCAUAUUCACAAGUUAACUGCUUAUCCUCACAAAGGGCUUUGUCUGCUUCAAAAUAAGUCUUGUGGCUUUAAUAAGAUUCUGAAAUGGAAUAUGAGUAACUUUGAUGCACAGAUUUGCAGUUCUGAAAAUACACUUAAUAUAUUAAUAGGUAUUGAUGAGCUGGUGUUAAAUUCUUGUUAUCCUUUGACUGGAUGUUAUAUAAAUCAAGAAAAUUGUCAGUUAAAAAUUUUGUAUCUUAAGACUGAUAUCUUAAUUUCUUAAUGAGAGUAUCAUCAGCUUUAACUACUUCAGUCUUAAAUUCUAUUUUAUUGAACCUUGCAAGAAUCUUUUCAGUUUUAAUGUUGAGUACUGCAGAACAAAUAAUAUAUUUGUUUGGCAUUUCUAAAUAAUGUGGCUGAUACAAGAAAAAUAACUCAUAAGGAAAUUGCAAAAUCUGAAAGAUGUUUGUUUCGUUAUAAAUGUGAGUUUGGCAGAAGAUCAGUUGCUGUAUAUGCACGAUUCCUGGAUGUGACAUGUCUUGCUGGAUUAUCUUUGUCUCCUUGUAACAUUCUUGUCUACCACAUUCCAAAGCAAAUGACUCAAAUGUCAGGUCCAGUUUGUUGCUAUUACUGUUACCAUUGAUAUUACUUCAUAUGACAUUGUUUGUAAAUAAAUCCAUAUUAAAAAUAUCUUCAGUAUUUCAGUAUUACAUUUCAUUUAAGCUUUUACAGCUUAUUUAUUUUGAAAUUAUACAGUCAGCCCAUUGAAGUUUUUAACUCGGACUAUUAACCUCCAAGAUUUUUCCAAGUGUUGCAAAGUUUUAAAAUGGCCAUGUAUAUUUUACUUGCACAGAAAAGGUGGAUUUUUGUUCUCAAGUAAUUUAAAAGGUGAUCGGAUGGAAAGUAUGCUGUUAAUGUACAAAUUUAUUGGCGUUAUUGAACUUAAGUGCCAAACUGACACUGUUACAUUACUACUGAAAUAAAAGUACCUGGAUUUCUACAAAAGUGAUGUGUGUAGUUACAAGCCAGUGUUGUACACAGAGUUCAGGAGUCAUUUAUUCUUAAUCUGGCUUAUCACACUCUUUGGAGCACACCUGUGUGUGCGCCAUCUUUUGUGCACACAUUUUAAAUAUCUAAUAAUUAAGACAUUUUGCUAAGUAGUUUUGAAAUAUACAUGUGGUUACUCAUGUAUGUAAGAUAUUUCUACCUCGAACUGACCUGCACUGGCUGUAAAUGAAGAGGAAUAAUUUCCAGUUAAGCAAUAAAUUUCUAGAUAACAAAUUUUGAGAAAGUUAAUAAUCCUUCUUUCAGCAUGGGUAUAAUAUGUAUUAGUAUCUUUGUUACUGCUGUGAUAUACUCAUUAAGUGUGGAUGAACUCUUUUUAAAAAGAAAGAGAUGGUAUUUAAAGUGAUAAAAUGAAAUUUUAUAUCAAAGGUUGCUUAAAAGUUUGGUCACCUUUUGUUUAAGAGCUAGAAUGCCUUUUGUAGAUAAACAGAGGCUAUAUAUUCAUUAUUUUUCAAAAUCGAUAAAUAAAUGGACACUAGUAGUUUCAGUAAAAAUCUAUUGAAUUAGAAGGGGGGGGGGGGGUGUAUCUUUAUCAAAACACAAGCCAGCCAGCCUCCACUUGUUACAUAGUUGUUUUAAUAAUGGGUUGAAUUUGGGAUACCACAGUUUCAUCUAUACUUAUUUCACAGGCUCAUCAUUACAUAAAGCUGUCUUACAGCAAAGGAUUGUAUAAUUUAAUCAGAAAGACUUCCAGUAAUAACUCUGCGAUUGCGUAUAAUCUUCAAACAAGAGUAGCAUGUAGAUAAAGGUAAGUAAGUCAGUGAUGAAGGAAAACAGUUGGACUUGCAGAUCUUUAAUGUAGUUAGUGUACUAUUAGUAAAUUUUCUUUUGAGACCAGCAUGCUGGCAUACAGUGAAAAAAUUGUAACCUCUGGAAGUGUAGUUCACCACAGCUUAUUUCUCAGUGGAGCCAUGUUACUGUUUGGUAUCUCCAUUUGUUACAGUGUAAAUUAGGUACAGAUGUGCUUAUCGGUUCAAUUUCUUUACCCUCUUAAGGCAACAGUUAUAUGAAAAUGACAGGACACUUAUUGUAAAAUGCUGUAAGCACCACUGAAUAUAAGAAGUUACUUUGAUUUUGAAGUUGGAGAAACAAGUGCCUAGAGAGAAGAGCCAGCCUAUGGUGGUCUGGACAGUUUUUCAUUACUUUAAGCAUGUUAAUAUGUUGUCACAGAAGUGUGUAUCAUUAUUGUGGGGUGUUCUGCCAAUAAAGUUGGUUCUCCACUGUAACUGAAUGCAUACACUGUGCUGACACACAAAUCUCUCUCUCUCUCUCUCUCUCUCUCUCUCUCUCUCUCUCUCUCUUGUGUGUGUGUGUGUGUGUGUGUGUGUGUGUGUGUGUGUGUGUGUGUGUGUGUGUGUGUGUGUGUGUGUGUGUCUCCACCUUUCACCCCUGCACCAUUGAUGAUCUGUGACAGCAAAGAGAGAUUCUAAAUGAAACUAUGAAUCAUAUUGGAAAUGUAGCUUUAAUAAAUUAUAGGGGUAUUGUAAUGUAAUGACUUUGUCAGUGUUAAAAUUUGUAGACAAUUCGUGAGCAAGUGUCAACUGCAUUUUGUAAACUUACCAACUAAAUUAUUCCUGUUUUCAUUUUUAUUUUUAUAUUAUCUUGUUACUAGUUUUGUUACACUGUUUAAUUUAAGUAGUUAGUGAUGUACAAACAAUUGGCAAUGCAACAAAGCUGUAAAGAAUGGAAUGGUAAACUCUAAAGCCAAAAAUGUAACGGCAUUGAAUGGAUAUUACAACAGUUAAUAAAGAUAAAACAUUUUUA